AGGGGCAGGUGGUUGAACACCACCUAGUGGCGACGCCUGCAAUGAAGUGAUACAAUAAAGAAAAGCAGUACGGAGUGUGAAACCCCCCCCUCCCAGGAAAAUGCUGCUACCACCGCCCCUGCCUGCGCCGGCUUCCCGUGCGCUCGUGUCUGUUUUGUCCGCGUUUCUCCUCGCCAGGGACGGGAGGGGGGCCGGACGGGUUGAUCGGGUUCACGGAGCAGACCCGCACGCCUCCUCCUCCCAUUCCCGGUCGGCUGCUUCGGGCGAUGCGAAAAAGGUACGGCGGGCUGCGGUCGCCGAGGAAUAGUCGCGUUUGUCCUUCACUCGGGCCCGCGAUCAGCUGCCGUCGUCGGGGCGUUCGAGGCAGAUGUCGGGAUAAGGGCGCGCGGGGAUGGGGGGAUCGCGCCGGGCCUGAACGCGAAUCAUGCUGGCCGAUGGGUGUCGCGGAGCAAUGGAGAGAGACCGGGCCGAUUGUACGCCGAGGGCCGCCUUUGCGCAGCAGGGCGGCGACAUCCAGGAGCUCGCCUCCAAACGCGUGGACAUCCAGAAGAAGCGCUUCUACCUGGACGUCAAGCAGAGCGCGCGCGGACGCUUCCUGAAGAUCGCCGAGGUGUGGAUCGGCAGAGGCCGCCACGACAACGUCCGCAAAAGCAAGCUGACGCUGUCCAUGGCCACGGCGCCCGCGCUCCGCUACUGCCUGGGGGACUUCAUCGACUAUUACGCCCGGAUCGGACUGCGGGGGGGCCCGGCGCCGCCGCAGCUCGGCGGCGGCGGCGGCGGCGGCGGCGACGAGCGGGGCCGCGCGGCGUCCUCGCCCGCGGGCUCCGCGGCGUCGGAUGAGCGCGCGCACCGCGUCCUCAAGAGCCAGCUCAUCGAGAGGGACAACCGAAAGUACUUUCUGGACCUGAAGGAGAACCAGAGAGGGAGGUUCCUGCGCAUACGGCAGACCGUGUCCAAGGGCCGCGGCACCAUGGGCUACUACGGCCAAGGCAUCGAGCAGACCGUCGUGCUGCCCGCGCAGGGGCUCAUCGAGUUCAGGGACGCGCUCUCGCAGCUCAUCGACGACUACGGCGACGGCGACGGCGACGGCGGCGACGGCGGCGAGCGCGGCCGAGCCCGGGCCCGGGCGCGGGCCCGCUCCGCCGACCGCCGCGACGACAGCCCGGAGCUCCCGGAGGCCGCGUCUUUCCGCGUGGACAACAAGCGGUUCUACUUCGACGUGGGCUCCAACCGCUACGGCGUCUUCCUGAAGAUCAGCGAGGUGCGCCAGCCCUACAGGAACACCAUCACCGUCCCCCUCAAAGCCUGGGCCAGGUUCGGGGAGAACUUCGCCAGGUACGACGAGGAGAUGCGGCGAAUCGCGAGCCGCCGCAAAGACGCGGACGCGGACGCGGACGCGGACGGCGGGGAGCGGGACGAUUGAGGCGGGCGGAAGCUUGUAAAUUGGACAGAAAUUGGACCGUCGACAAAAGGAAACAUUUUUUUAAGUGGUGGGGGGUGGGGGGGGUGGGGGGUGAGAGAGACGAUAUAUGACGUGCAAUGUGCGGGAGCCUCCGCAAAGCAAGAAAACUCAAACACGCUCAAUAGUUUUGCGCAUAUGAAGAAGCGCGCAGUUUUUGGGAAGGAGCAUUGCGUCUCGCGUCGGGCCGGGGAACGGAAACGAGGGGGCACAGUGGCGAGCCGCCUUCCGGCGACGAAUCAAUUUGCCUCGGGGGAGACGUCAUCAGAUCGCCAUUGCCCCCCCCCCCCCCACCCAAUAGCAUAGCAUAGCAUACCGGGCCCCUUUGGCCAGCAUCAAGCAUCUUGCCAUCGCCUUGUUUUGCAAAUGCCGAAGCGAAGCAAAGAAAACGGCAGUCGCGGGAGGUCAGAGUUCAUGACGCGGAUUAUGACCGCAGGCCGGAGAUCGACUUCGAUAUGUCGGUGGCGCGUCUAAAUCCCAACACGUAGCAAUUUCCACACUAACCGCUUACCUCGCCACCUCGGGGCUGCCAAUCCUUCGCACUCGAGCUGUUAUCGACGCUUUGAAACGGCAGCGGCGCGCCGACCGAGGCCCCGCGCCCGCCGUUUUGCCUCGCGGCCCGGCUUGCUCACCGCUGCCAUAUAUCCCGUUUGUCCUUCAAUCCUUCGUUCUACAAAAUACUCGCUCGAACUCGUAUCCCCCCCCCCUAUUGCAGAGCAACAUGUAAUACUUCAUUUAUAUAACUUGAAAACGUUUUACCACUAAGAAAUUCGACCCGCGUAGAGCAGCCGAUUUUUAGAUUGAUUCAAAUUGCUUUACUUGACGACGUAUAUGGAAUUCGGGAAUCCAUCUUUUGCGGACGAAGCCUGGCAAAUGACUCAGGCAGUAGAACAAGGUCGACAAAAUGUGUAUGGCGUUAGGGCGAUGUCGUCGAUGAUGACACGAUGGCGGCGAGGUCAUCGAUGAUGACGCGAUGGCGAUGAUGUCAUCGAUGCUGACACGAUGGCGAUGUCACCAAUGGUGACGCUCCGAUCUUCUCCGAUCAGUGCCUCCACCCUCGCACUAUUCCCGAGACGAGCUGCUCAAGAUGGUCUGUUGCGCCUUCGCUUGUCACAAAGGUCCCUCCGAGCAGGCGCUCCUUCUUCACCUUUGACCCCGGACCGCCCCGCGGCCCAUCGCAGCUCCCCCGUACACGUUUUGCAACCUUGGGCCCGAAACUGCCUCGUUGCGGUUCCCCUUGCGGCAACGACCUCAUUUCCAAAAUGGCUGACGGGAAGAGGACAGGCUUCAACUAAACUUCAUUUUUUUUUUUUUUUUUUUAUUUAGUUUUGAAUUAACCCUCAAGCGAGUAUUUAAGCUACGAACUGUGAACAUUUCAGAAUCUUUUUUUUAUUUUUUUUAUUUUAUAAAUUCUUAGUAGGUUCCACUAAAUUGGGCCGGUAACUUUUUGGACUGCCUCUCGUUCGGUUCGGUUCGGAGUUGAGUACCGCAGCUAAUGAAUAAGUUACAGCCCAUUUUGUAUCAUACAAAUAAUUCGACAGGCUGAAAUGUGUCUGUGAACACAUGACACUUAAAUCAUUUCUUGAAACUACUUGUCGGUAUGAGUACUUUACGUUUAGACUCCUCAUACCGAUGUUUUACCGUGCAGGCAGGUUGACCAAAGAUCUCUUUUAUUUUUGUAUUUUUUUUAUGAUUAUUAUUAUUUUUUUUUUUUU